UGACUGCUCGACUCUAUUCUUGUUUUACUUUUGUGUGUGACUGUUACGUGUUACGAAUCGAAAACUAGUUGUUUUUUGAGACAAAAUGGACGAUGAUUUUAUUUGUAUCACUUGUAAGCAGCUAGCUCUUCCUGGUGGGGAAACCCGAGAGGGAAAACUGCAUUUAAUCAUUGAAGAUGGAGUGAUUUCAGCAAUUCUUGAUCAAGAAGCAGAUUUAGUGAAAAGUGCUCGGACGCAUUACUAUGCAGACAUUGUCACACCAGGCUUUGUGGAUAUACACCAUCAUGGACUUAGUGGAGCAGAUGACUUGGUCCAAUUUUGGAGCAAUCCAGCUUACACCCAGCAGCGUCUGCCAAAGUAUGGAGUGACAUCAUUUCUAGCAUCCAUGGUAUUCCCUAAAGAUCUGCAAUUACAUACAGUAUUCAAUACACUCAAAAUACUUGAAGGAGUUGUUGGAAAGACAGGUCAGGGGUCAACAUGUGAGGGCAUCCAUGCUGAGGGACCAAUAGUGAAUGAUUUUGGUGGCCUGCCUGUUGGAGAUAAUGAAAUGUCAAUGCCAGAAUUCACAGAGAUUCUUGAUGCGAUGCCAAGCUGUCAAAUCAUGACAAUAAGUCCCCACGUCGAGGCCAAAUCAAACUAUGAAAGGAUUGAACUACUCUUAGAAAGAGGUAUUGUACCAGCACUAGGUCAUGAUCGAGUUGCAACAGAGCAAGAAAUCCUCGGAGCACUACGAAUGAAACCAUCUAUCCAAUUCCAUAUCACACAUCUCUUCAAUGUCUGCAAUUUCCACCAUAGGAAUCCGAGUCUAGUGAAUUUUGGAAUGACUGACCGUUUUCCCUCAAUACCAGGAUAUGAGAAACUAGCACCACCAACUGUUGAAAUCAUUGGAGAUAUGUUCCAUGUACAUCCACUUGCUGUGUCCAAUCUACUCAGCUCAAGGCAUUUCAGUCAAAUCGCAUUUGUAUCAGACUGCACUGCUGAGGCCAUACCAAAUAAGAAGAUAACCUACAGUGAUAGGAACAUGAGGGUUACCACAGAUGGUAAAUGCCUUGUGAUUGAUGGAACGACAACUCUUGCAGGAAGUUGCUGUUCAUGUCUUGAUGCCUUCAAGUCUCUCAUUAAGACGUUUCAUAUAGGAAUUGGGAAAGCAGCAGCUAUGGUGUCUGAAAACCCUGCCAGAAUUGCAAAUCUGAAAGGAAUUGGUGGUGUGAAAGUUGGGAAUCGAGCUGAUCUGGUGCUCUUUGAUGACAAUCUCAACCUCCUUAAGACCUUUGUGUGUGGCCAACCAGUGUAUGAAGCAAAAGAGCCAGAAUGAAGCCGUGUUCAGGACAAUUAGCUUUAUCUCAAUCUCAGUAGUUAAAGACCCAAUGUUAAAGAGUUUAUCAACCACUAUUUCAUGAUUAUCAAUGCCAUAUUAAUGCAUUGGCUAAGUGUAUUUUUCUCUCUUGGGCCCAAUUCAAUAGAGGUGCUUACUGGUCGAUAUGUGCUUACUGUGCGAGUUUCCAUUUCAUAGCACUGCUAACUGUUAGCGCAUGAAAAGGCAUUCUAACCUUGUAGUGCUUACUGUAAUGGCGAUACAAAUCUUUGGUUAGAAGCCAACAGCAGCUCUUGAUAGCAUGAAGUGAUUUGAGAAUCAUUUCACUUUCAAGAAAUGUGGUUUAAAAAAAAGUGCAGUUUUAUGCCCCAAAAUUUGAAUCUGAGAAGCGUUACCGUGAUUGUGUAUUCCUGUUUUUGUGUGGACAUUAUUCUCUCCAUUCUUUGGGCGAUAUCUCAAAAACGCGACCACCUUUGGGAAUAAAAUUUGCAGCUAUGUAAGUUUUAUUGUGUGUACAACUACAUUUAUAUAGGAUGAAAACAAACGAACGGCUCCGAAGCCCAAAGGUAUACUUUGCCUUUAAGCUUGUAGGUGCUUAAUAAGAUGGCUGAACCAUCUCUUCAGUGCAGUGUAUCUAACGUCAAGUCUAUGAAAGCUAAAUCUUACUGGUUUCAUCUGUUUGCUAACAUAGUUUCUGUACCAGCAGACAGUCUUUGUUGCUGACAAUCAUUUUUCUCGUAUGCUCAUUGUUAUGUAAAUACUUGUUUAUGUUUACUGUUCGCAAUAAUGUUUUUUCUAUUUCCCAAUAAGAAAACAAAAAAAUGCUUCCAAAUAUUUGUAUAUUUGCAUUGUUGCCAGUGCCUUUGUUGCAGAUAAACAUGUAUACAAAUAAUUAAUAAUGUUGUGAAAAGUCUGUGCUCUGCUGAUGAUGUGUAUGAAUGAGUAAGUUAAUGUAUCUCAGUUCAAUUUAAUAAAAUGUUUAUUCCAAAUUUAAAUUACACGUAAAAAUGGAUAUCACUAUUCCGUGGAAAAAGUUCACGUUGCCAAAUACCAGGGAAAAUUUUCGGAGAGCUGUGCUAACUAAGAUAAGACUUGAAGACUACUCAAGAGAGAUUUGUGGCUAAUCACACAAACUUGCAAAGAAUUAACAUUGCUUUGUAAACUUCAAAGACACUGGACACCUUUGGUAAUUGUCAGCGACCAGAAUAGUCACUUGGUGUAUCCCAACAUUUGUAUAA